AUGCAACAAGCUUUAGAACUAGCUUUGGACCGUGCAGAGUAUGUCAUUGAAAGUGCCCGGCAGAGACCUCCUAAAAGGAAAUACCUAUCUAGUGGAAGAAAAUCUAUAUUUCAAAAACUUUAUGACUUAUAUAUUGAAGAAUGUGAAAAAGAGCCUGAGGUUAAGCAGAAAUUAAGAAGAAAUGUGAACUUACUAGAGAAGCUUGUUAUGCAAGAGACAUUGUCAUGUUUAGUGGUCAACCUGUACCCAGGAAAUGAGGGAUAUUCUCUGAUGCUCAGGGGAAAAAAUGGAUCAGAUUCUGAGACCAUUCGACUGCCUUAUGAAGAAGGAGAAUUGCUUGAAUACUUGGAUGCAGAAGAAUUACCUCCAAUUUUGGUUGAUCUCCUAGAAAAAUCUCAGGUUAAUAUUUUUCAUUGUGGAUGCGUCAUAGCAGAAAUACGUGACUAUAGGCAGUCCAGUAAUAUGAAAUCUCCUGGUUACCAAAGUAGGCACAUUCUGUUACGUCCAACAAUGCAGACUUUAAUCUGUGAUGUACAUUCAAUAACAAGUGAUAACCAUAAGUGGACCCAGGAAGACAAACUUUUGCUUGAGAGCCAACUGAUUCUGGCUACAGCAGAACCACUGUGUCUUGAUCCUUCCAUAGCUGUAGCCUGCACUGCAAACAGACUGCUCUAUAACAGGCAAAAGAUGAACACGCGCCCGAUGAAACGAUGUUUCAAGAGAUAUUCCAGGUCCUCUCUGAAUCGGCAGCAGGAUAUGUCCCAUUGUCCACCUCCUCCUCAGCUAAAAUUACUUGAUUUCUUACAAAAAAGAAAGGAAAGAAAAGCAGGUCAGCAUUAUGACCUCAAAAUUUCUAAAGCAGGAAAUUGUGUAGAUAUGUGGAAACGGAGUCCCUGUAAUUUGGCUGUACCUUCUGAGGUGGAUGUGGAAAAAUAUGCCAAAGUAGAAAAAUCUAUCAAGUCUGAUGACUCACAACCAACAGUCUGGCCAGCCCAUGAUGUAAAAGAUGAUUAUAUAUUUGAAUGUGAAGCUGGUAAUCAGUAUCAGAAAACAAAGCUGACCAUUUUGCAGUCUCUUGGUGAUCCACUUUACUAUGGUAAAAUCCAGCCAUGUAAAGAAGAUGAGGAGAGUGACAGUCCGAUGUCGCCAUCCCAGUUUGUUAUUGGAUCAAAGACUGAUGCUGAGAGAGUAGUCAAUCAGUACCAGGAAUUGGUCCAGAAUGAAGCCAAAUGUCCAGUGAAGAUGUCGCAUAGCUCCAGUGGCUCAGCCAGCUUGAGUCAGCUUUCUCCAGGGAGAGAAACUGAACAGCCUGAGACCGUGUCAGUUCAGUCGUCAGUCCUGGGGAAGGGAGUGAAACAUCGACCUCCACCCAUCAAGCUUCCCUCAGCCUCAGGAAAUAGUUCCUCAGGUAACUAUUUUACACCACAACAGGCCAGCAGCUUUCUUAAAUCUCCAACUCCUCCUCCUGCUUCUAAGCCACCAAGUCUUUCUCGGAAGUCAUCCGUGGAUCUUAAUCAAGUUAGCAUGCUUUCUCCAGCUGCCCUAUCACCUGCCAGUUCAUCACAAAGAUCUGGAACUCCUAAGCCAUCUACUCCUACACCAACCCCUUCAUCGACCCCACACCCUCCUGAUGCUCAGAGCUCAACUCCUAUUACCCCUUCAGCUACCCCUACUCCCCAAGAUUCAGGCUUCACCCCUCAGCCCACUUUGUUAACUCAGUUUGCUCAGCAGCAAAAGUCUCUGAGCCAGGCAAUGCCUGUAACGACCAUUCCUCUUUCCACCAUGGUGACAUCCAUAACCACAGGAACCACAGCCACCCAGGUCAUGGCAAACUCUGCUGGACUUAACUUCAUCAAUGUAGUGGGCUCUGUUUGUGGAGCUCAAGCUUUGAUGAGUGGUUCAAACCCUAUGCUGGGCUGUAACACUGGUGCCAUAACUCCUGCAGGAAUAAACCUGAGUGGCCUUCUACCCUCAGGAGGUCUGCUACCAAAUGCAUUGCCGGGUGCAAUGCAGUCAGCCUCUCAAGCAGGUGUUCCAUUUGGUUUAAAAAAUACUUCAAGUCUCAGGCCCUUAAAUCUACUCCAGCUCCCAGGCGGCUCGCUCAUUUUUAACACUCUGCAGCAGCAGCAGCAGCAGCAGCAGCUCUCCCAGUUUACACCACAGCAGCCCCAGCAGCCCCAGCAGCCUGGGGAGCAGGGUUCUGAACAAAGUUUGACCAGUCAGGAACAAGCCUUAUCUGCUCAACACGCUGCAGUUAUUAACCUUGCCGGAGUAGGAAGUUUUAUGCAUUCACAGGCAGCUGUGUUGUCUCAGCUUGGCUCUGCCGAGAACAGACCUGAGCAAAGCCUUCCUCAGCAGAGACUCCAGCUCUCCUCUGCCUUUCAACAGCAGCAGCAACAGAUCCAACAGUUACGAUUCUUGCAGCAUCAAAUGGCUAUGGCAGCAGCAGCAGCACAAACAGCUCAGCUACAUCAUCAUCGGCAUACAGGCAGCCAGUCAAAAAGUAAAAUGAAGAGAGGCACGCCAACCACUCCAAAAUUCUGA